UUCUCCCGUAACUUUAUUUCUCUGCACAAAUAUAUAUGAUACUCCUACGGUUAAUUUCGAUUGGUGUUCUGAUAAAUUUUCAUUUCGGGAAUGCGGCAUCUCAAUCUACUGACGAAAGGAAGCUGGAAGCUCAGUUGCUGAAGGGGUAUAAUAGUAAAGUUCGGCCGGUGAAAGUUGAGUCCACUGUGACACAAGUCGCAGUUUACCUGAAUAUUGCACAUGUGGAGAAAGUGGACGAACAUGAGCAAACCGCACUGGUUCAUGGACAUCUCAUGGCAUCCUGGACCGAUGAAUACCUGAAAUGGGAGCGUAAGGCGACAAAUAUUAGUACUCUUUCAAUUGCAUCCUCCAAGCUCUGGCAACCUGCUCUACAGCUGUACAAUAGUGCUCGAGGCAAUUCGUGGAGCCUUUAUUUGACCGGGCUUCCCGCAAUUGUGUACAAUACGGGUAAAGUUUGGAGCAGAGGCACCUUUUCGUUCUUUGUGACGUGUCAGUUUGAUUUCACAAAUUGGCCUUAUGAUCAGCAGUCUUGCCCUAUCGUCAUUACGGAUUGGGUGUACGGUUUGGGCCAGGUGAACCUAAGUGAUCCGGCAACUGCGGCUGGAUAUGGAAAACCAACGAUUCGUCUGAGCUACGAUCCGAUCGAUGAGACUAAUAAGCGGCAUGUUGGAGGUUGGGAAGUUAUAGACUCUUGGAAAAAGCACUGCUACUGGGGACCUAAAGGAUGCUUGGACGCUGAACCAGACGGGAACCCGGAUUGGUAUUGGUCACUACUGGAAUUUGGAAUCACUUUGAAACGGCAUCUUCCGUAUUUUAGUCUGACAAUUGUAAUGCCCAUGGUAUCAACAUCACUGAUGAUUCUCUUAGGCUUCUGGAUCGAAAAUUUCGAUUUCAACGUCUUCCUUAUCACUCUCAACAUAGCAUUGCAAGCAACCUACGGAUCCAACAUACUCAGCAGAAUGCCGCCAGGAAGUGGGCGCACUCCUAAAAUUGUCCAUCUCUAUUCAAUUGGGCUUUUGAUAAGCGCGUUUCAAGUUGUGCUGAUUGUGAUGAGCAACUUCCUAAGAGUACGGCUCCCGUCACACUAUGAGUUCGAUUUUGGAUAUGAUAUUACAGAAAUUCCAAAAAAGUUUGGGCUAACCAGAUUUUUCACUACGAAAGGGCUGUCUUUUGAUCCACAGGAACUCCUUAACCCUGCCCAACUCACAUCUGAAGCUGAGAUUCAAAAGGAGGCAAGCACAUCAAUCGGAAUUUCAAACCCUCUUGCCGAAUCAGGCUCUGACACCGACCUACUGAUUAACCUACCGAAAAACUCAGAGGCCGAUCUUUCUGAACGCUCAGAAACAUUGGGAAUGCCGGAUUCGGAAAAAACUCAAAAAGAGUCACAAAAAAAGAUGAGAAAACUUGAGAUUCAACUUCUUCACAUCAAGCGUUUUGCUUUCUUUUUUGUAAUUUUCGUUUAUCUCUUUGCCAUUUUGCUUGUACUUGCUACUUGAUUAAUUUGAAAAUUAUGAGACCUUGUUAUAAGGCAAGUGUUGUAAACUGAUCUUGUAGUCUUGAAUUAUGUUACUUGGUUUUUAUUAAAAUUUCAUUCCAUCGCAGAGGUGCACCGCAAACUGCAUAAAAACUGUAUAAAAUUACCGUGAAU